CUUUCCAAUCUUUUUCCCAAAUCUGUCAACUCUUUUAAAUUACAGAGCUUGGAGAGAGCAUCAGAAGCAGAAAGAAAGGUUGCGAUCUUACCAUGAUGGCCGAAGUCACGAACAGGUACGUAACAAUUAAGACUAACAUAAAUGGUUCGCCAGAAGAGUUCCAUUUCGAGAUCAAGGCUACGGCUCUUGCUCUGUCCCUGGAGCCAGGAUCAGAAGAUGUUAUCGUCAAAAUACUCUAUGUAUCGAUCGACCCUGGCCAGAUCAACCGCAUGAAGACUUACAGUUCCUCGCAGAGAGCUGUAAACCUUAGCUCUGCCAUUCAUCCCGGGGGAGUAAGUCACUUUACUUCACCAAUAUAUAUAAUUUGUUUGGUGAUUUUGGAUUCAUAUAUAUAGGCUUCCUUUAUCAGAGUGCUGUUGUGUUGUACUUUGCCAUAGUGGUAGGGUUUUUUUAUGUG